UAAUGAAUUAACAGCGUAGACUUUCUCCAGCAUAAUAAAGUCCUAUUCAACGUAACACAAUAAUAUCAUGUAUAAUUGAUUAUUAAAUUAGAACAUUCAAAUAGAUUUCAAUUUCUAUAAGUAACUCCAACUACUCAUCCUGUUCAAUAUGUUUCAUUGUAAAAUUGUAAGAGUUUAGAAUUAUAAAUUAUAAAGACAAUGAAGUAAGAUAAGUUUCGAAAGAAAGAGAAACCAAUUAGAUACCACCUUACUAAUAAGUUUGUCCAAAAGGAUUUUAGAGUCUUAGAAUAAUGAGUCAGCCAGAUGGUAAUACAAGUAAAUCUCCAGUGACUCCAAUUAUGUAAUCCUAACCUAA